GUAAAGUCUUCGGGCAUAUUUAUGUCCGAUGGGGUCCCUAUAAACGGGCUGUCGUGGUACACCGACGAGACGUAUGCUGCGUUCAGAAUUGUGUCAAAUAAUAAUGUUGCACCAAGUGGAAAUGACUUUUUCUUCGAGGUCGGGACGCUGGGCACGGACGGCUCGUACACAAAGCGCGCCAGCAUUCCAAACGCCGAAGAUCUGUACGUGAACUUCCAAUGGCUGGAGACGGACAUGAACGAGCACGUGCACGUGUUUGCUCUGAUGGGCAACGAGAACGAGGCCAAUAAACUGAGUGCCCGGAUCUACGCGUUCGACCUGUUUAACGGAAAGUUUAUGCAGACAGUUGAUGUCGAUGUCAGUGAAUACACAUUCAUGUCAAUACAUUCGUACCCCAGUUGUGGAGAGGCCAUGUACGCCUUCUCCCCUGGCCUGUGGGCGGACGCCGGUCACGACAUGUGGGCGUGGUCACUGGUUGUCGUAGAGCCCUUGACUGGCACGGUCACCAAGCAGUGCGACAUCGCUCCCAGAGGCAUAUUCCGGCGCUACUACGGCGGCUCGGUGUUCCAGGGCUCCAGUAAUCCGGACGGGUUUCUCUACCACGUGCUGCGCGUUAUGUACAGCGAGGCGGAUUUAAUAGUGGGCGUUAACCCCGACACUUGCGAAGUGCGCUUCUCCGAGGUCACCAACCUGCGACACGUGCACUCGUUGCAGCUGGUGAAUCCAGCCCCAGCCCCGUCAAGACGAACUUGUAACAACAGAGAUAAUUGACAGUUUUAUCUACAUGCGUUUUAAAUUACCGCUUAUCAUAUGUCGAUGAUUGUUAUUUGGGGUGGUUGGCCUUUCUUGUCGCAAAAUUAUGCUGUACCGAAACCUUCAAUCUAACAGUAAAUAUAUCUUUGAAAAGAAUCGAGCUAUCUUUAAAAUAGUUAGUUUCUUUUUUAAAAUAAUAAUCCCAGUACAUUCGUCGCCUCUAAAAACUGGUCGGAUUAUUAAUCGUGGUCCGUAUUCACCAAACAAUUCUGAGACUUAAGUCUAAGAAUAAAGAAAAUUCUUUAAAUAAGAAUAUUCAAGAAUUUCUUUAAUUGUGAGUCAAACUCUGCAGUAAACAUCUCUAUCUAUAUUAUUCUUCAUAUAGAACAUUUUGUUAAUGACAUAAUCACCAGUGGAGGCCUGUAUAUAUCCAAACACUGAACACAUUUUUCUUGGUUCUAAGUCUUUUCUUUAUUCUUAAGUCUAAGAAUCAGUUGGUGAAUACGGGCCCGUGUUACGAAUGUUUACCCACUUGCUUUUGUUAGUCGUGAUUAAGUUUUAUACCACAACCCUGAACAAUCCUUAUUGUUCAAUGAUGUUAGUAACCACAACAUUGUCAUCUUGCCAUUUAGACGGAUUACAGAGUCGUAAAAUGUGUGUACAUGUAUGUUCCCGGGUAAUUACUGUUUAUGUUAUCGCUAAUUGUUUUUUUAAACAGCACAUGGUUUCUUAGCGAAGGAAUAGAUAGUUCAAUAAAUACAACUAUUGAACAGAA